ACAUCCGUGUCGGCGGACGGCCCCAUGGGCGAAGAUGUGCGCAAGCUGGUGUCCGCCAUCUGGAGCCUCUUCUGGCUGGUCGUGCUGCUGUACCUGGCUUUCUGGGUGGCCUUCAUGUGCGCCUUCUGGUACAUCGUCCUCCUUGCGUUCGUACCAUGCGUCCCAGCGCUCAAGCAGAUCACCGACGGCCUGCACAAGGGCGUACGCAUGCCCUACAUCUGCUCCGAGAACAUGAUGCACGGACGAAACUUGACUGAUGGCUUGCACGUCAUGCUCAGCUAGCACCAUCCACUUUCA